AUGACUGACAAGGAGAUCACUUACACAACUGUGAGAUUCCAUAGGUCUUCAGAGUUGCAGAACCGAAGGCCUGAUGAGACACAAAGGUCCAGAGAAACUGUCCAUAGAGAAUCGUCAACACCUUGGCAAUUCAUUGUGAUACCUCUUGGAAUCCUUUGUUUUAUUCUGCUGGUGACAGUGGCAGUGUUGGUGACACUCAUUUUUCAAUGUAGUCAAGAAAAAUAUGAUCAAAACAACCUCAAUCAAAGCACUGUACAAAAUAUCAGCGCCUCAAAUAAAAUAUUGACAAAUAAAUCAUCAGAGUAUGAAGGCUGCAAAAAUCAGGAGGAACAGAACAGAUGCUGUGGAAAAACUAAGACUGUUUUAGAUUAUGGAAAGUACACAGGCAAAUGUGCUGAAGCACGCUUGUUCUGCUGUGGAAUAAAAUGUUAUUAUUUCAUCAUGGACAAUAAACACUGGAAUGACUGUAAACAGACCUGCCAGGACUGCAGCUUAUCCCUUUUGAAGAUAGAUGAUGAAGAUGAACUGAAGUUUCUAAAGUACCAGUUUACUAGAGACACUUUCUGGAUUGGAUUGUCUUAUGAAGUAAGCAAAAGCGUAUGGGGAUGGAUUGAUAAUGGCACAUCUAAACUUGAUUUGAUGAAAUUAAAAUUAUUAAAAGAAAAUGGACGCUGUGCAGAACUCAGUUUUCGAGGAAUACAGGAAAGUGACUGUGCUGCAAAACACCCCUGCAUCUGUGAAAAGAGAAUGGAUAGAUUUCCUGGUUCACUGUACAGUAUGAAGGGAAAGUAA